AAUCUAGAAUCCCCCGUAAAAUGUUCUGGCUCGGUUUCGGUCUUCUGUUUAUUGCCCUGCUCCUGUACCUGCUCUAUGCCUUUGAGUAUCAGACCAGGAUCGAUCGGCUAACCCACAACUGGCCGGCACCACCUUCAUUGCCCAUCAUCGGGCACCUACACAUCCUGUGGGGCCUAGCGGGCCCGAAUCCUAUUCGCCGGGCCACCGAAUUGACAACCACCCACAUGAAGGAUCAUCGUCUCAAACUUUGGAUGGGCACCAAGCUGUAUCUGUUGGAUUGCAAUCCGAAGGACAUUCAGGCCUUGGGCAGUGCGCAGCAACUUUUGCAAAAGCCCGCCGACUACAGUGUGUUUGAGAACUGGCUGGGCGAGGGAAUCUUUACCAGUGGUUUCGAGAAAUGGUCCCAUCGUCGGAAAAUAGUAAUGCCGGCUUUUAACUAUGCCAUGAUAAAUCAGUUUGUGAAAGUUUUUGAAAAGCAGUCACGGAUUCUAGUGGACAGAUUGGGCGAUUUCUCCAUUUCUGGGGAACCUGUGGAUUAUUUCUAUGUGAUUUCCUGCUUUACUUUGGACACGAUAUGCGCAACAGCUUUGGGGGUUUCAGCUAAUGCCCAGUUGAAUGAGAAAUCAGAUUUUCUCAAUGCGGUUAAAAAAAUCCUUAUCAUCAUCGACAUAAAGCUGAAGAAUAUUUUCUAUCGCAAUGGCCAAAUAUUUAAGUUUACUAGACACUUUCAAAGAGAAAAGGAACUCUUGAAAACUCUACAUGGCUUUACGGAAGAAAUCGUCCAAAGGCGCUUGGAAGAGCUGAGACAGGACGAGCAGAACCGAAAUGUUACGUCUUUGGACGCCACUGACUUGGAGGAUGAUCGUCAAACAAAGUGUUAUUUGGACACUCUCUUUCAAGCCACGGGUCCGGAUGGUCAACCAUUGUCAACAAAGGACAUUCGCGAGGAGGUGGACACCAUUAUCUUUGGAGGCUUUGAUCUCACGGCCAACGCUCUUAAUUUCUUCAUGUACAACAUGACCAUGCAUCCGGAGUUCCAGGCGCGUUGCCGGGAAGAGGUGUGGGCGGUGUGUGGGCGAGACACCAGUGAACCUAUUACGCUAGACCAAGUACGCAAACUGGAUUUCGUAGAGGCUUGCAUAAAGGAGUCACUGAGGAUGUAUCCUCCGGGUCCACUGGUAGUUAGAAAAGCCACUGCCAAUUGUCAGAUUAAUGAUUUUUUUAUACCUAAGGGCGCCAAUGUACUGAUCUCGUCCCUUUACAUGGGACGUUGUAAGGAAUUCUUUCCGGAUCCCAUGACUUUCAAGCCGGAUCGGUGGGCUAGUGGAGCUGAGCCAAAAAUCGAUGCCUCCACGUUCAUACCCUUUAUGAAGGGAGCGCGGAGUUGUAUGGGCCAGCGAUACGUCAUGGUGAUGAUGAAGUUGGCUAUGGCGCACCUCCUGAGAAACUACCUGUUUGAGCCUCUGGGGGAGCGACAGGAGAAACUGAAGUGCAGCUUCACCAUCAUGCUGCAAACCGUGGAACCCUAUCGCUGCCGAGUUAGAAAAAUCGAAUGAGACUUGCUGGAAAAUCUUUAUUUAGCUUGAAGUAGCAUUAGCCGCC